UAUGUGUGUGUGUGUGUGUGUUACGUUUGCUCUAUCCACUCAUUCCUGUCCUCAUCCUACCAAGAUAUUCAGAUUUUCUUUUUGCUCAUAUUUUGAUUCCCAAAACAUAAACUUUCUUCAAUAGUUAUUCUAUUCAUCAUCUUUUCUCAUGGCGGCUCUCUCCACCUUCUACCACCCACUCUGCGCACACCACAACCACUGUACAACAAGACACGGCGUCAGAUCUCUGACCGUGAUGUCUUGUCAGAAGCAGAAAUCACCGGAAGAGAGUGGGGGAGUGGUCCAGAGAACAGUGAUAAGGAUGAUUUCAGAGGCUGGGAAGAUUGGGAAGAAUCUGAAGCCAGAGAAGAAAGGCGACAUGAAGGAUCUGAUGCUUAUGAGUCUCUCUUUUGCAGUUUAUGUCUAUAUAUCUCAACUAAUGGUAUGUGCUUACUUCUCCUGGACCCAUGUCGCCCUCCCCAAUCCCUCAUGGUAGUUGUUUAGCUAAGAUAGAUACUUUCUUAUGCCCCUCAAGUCAUAAUUAUGUUAUGUAUAUAUUCUGCACAUCAUUUAUAAUAUUACCAAGCUCCAUUCCUUUCAAAUUAA